AUGGCUCAAGAUUCUAGCAAGAAGAAUCUUGUCAUCUUGGGCGGUUCCUAUGGGGGCAUAUCCACCGCGCACUAUCUUCUCAAACAUGUCGUCCCUCAACUGCCCAAUAAAGCAAGCUAUCAAGUCAUCCUCGUCAGCACCUCGUCGCAGGCCAUAUGUCGCCCAGCCUGUCCUCGCGCAUUGAUCUCGGAUGACAUGUUCCCUCAAGGGAAGCUCUUCGUCAGUGUACCACAACAGUUCGAGCAGUACCCGGACGGCACCUUCCGUUUCAUCCAAGGCACUGCGACAGAACUCGACCAUACCGAUCGCCAUGUCACUGUGAGCCUUAAACACAGCGAUACCGAGAACAUCGCAUACCAUGCGCUUAUCAUCGCCACCGGUACAUCAACCGUGUCGCCCCUACUAGGACUUAACGGCGACUCUGAGUCCCUGCGCGUUACCUGGAAUACCUUCCGCGCAGCUCUCCCCAACGCCAAACACAUCGUCAUCGCAGGCGGAGGCCCAACCGGUAUCGAGACAGCCGGUGAGCUGGGCGAAUACCUCAACGGUCGGGCUGGCUGGUUCACCUCUAAACUAGAGAACCCCAAGGUCCCUAUCACGCUAGUGACAAGCUCGAAGAUCCUCCCGGUCUUACGACCCGCGAUCGCGAAGAAAGCGGAGGAAUUCCUCGCACACGUUGGCGUGACGGUGGUCAAGGGCUCACGCGUUGUAACUGUCUCGCCAGCAGGUGCAGGGACUGAGAGUGCAUUGACAAGCAAUGCGACGGUGACCUUGGAAGACGGCAAAACCCUCGAAGCCGACCUUUACAUUCCGGCUACCGGUGCAACGCCCAAUACUGGCUUUAUCCACGAGUCCCUAUUGACGGCUAGUGGCAGUGUAGAGACUAACGCAUCUACGCUACGGGUGGAUAAUGCUGGUGCGCGGGUCUAUGCGGUUGGUGAUGCGGGAUCGCAUGCGCGUCCGGCGGUGCACAAUAUCUUGAAUGUAGUACCCACUCUAUGUGCCAAUAUUAAACGGGAUUUGCUCAUUGCCGAGGGGAAAGAUGAAAGCGAUGUCGGAGUCGACCGUAUGUUUAAGGAGGACACUCGUGAGACUCAACUUGUGCCAAUUGGAAAGAGUAAGGGGGUAGGCGCCGCCAUGGGCUUCCAGUUACCCAGUCUCUUGGUGUGGCUGAUCAAAGGUCGGGACUAUUGGCUAUGGACCACCGGAGGUUUGUGGAGCGGUAGUCAGUGGACUAAGGAGUCGUGA